AUGAAGAAUAGAAUAGGCAUCAGAUUGAGCUAUAUCACUCAAAAAUCCGGCAGAAACAAUCUAGUAGCAAACGAUUCAAUAUUUCAAAACGGUCAAGCAGAGGAUGCUCAGCAAAAAAUCCACAGUGACGGAGCCGACUACACCAACUAUGGUGGAAAAAAAAAAAGAACAACACAGCUCAACCGAUCGAGUAGACUGCUGAGGCAGUCUGUAAAAUCUUCACAAGCUUCUCGAGUGUUUUUUAUGAAGCUAAAGAAUUUUUCGUUAAUUAAUCUCGUAAAUAUGAAAGGAGCAAGCAAUUUCGCUGACAACUGCCUGUUUACCUUCAAGCAAGUCCAGGUUUCAAUAAAUCAGAUGAUGUCAGCCGGUUACGGUGGUCGAAAUACUGCUAUCCGACAUCGUUCAAUCUGCGGAUCGUUAAAACUGCGUCAAGCAGGGCUCAAUGCUCAAUGCAGCCAAGCAGUUGAAAACCUCAUGAAUCAACUAAGAGAGAGAAUGCCGCCGAGGUUUAUGCUGAAAACAGACUUGGCCAUACAAUCAACAAUAAGCGGUCCAAUUAUAAUGAAGUGUAACCAUAAAAUGGUCAUUUGUCGUUGGCAUGCAGGACAGGGACAACAGAUAAACCUACUCGUAGAGAACCCCUCAAAGAUCAAAACAGAUGCUGAAAUUGCUCCUCAGAACACAAUAGAUUUAAUUACAAACGAAUUGCGCAAAUAG